CAGUAGAAUUGCCAAAACUCGAUGCCACAAAAUUGACCUUGAUAUCGUGUCAGUUUAGUUCAUGUAUUUAUGAGAUAAGAUUUCGCCUUGAUUUCGGUCGUUGCUUGCUGUCAGUCCUCAGUGUGAAGAAUCAGCGACCACAAACGUAAGUUGAGACAUUCAGAACGGCGAUGCUAUUCUCGGUCGUGUUCCUGCUGCCGGUGGUUCUAUGCGCCCCUUCACCACAAGACCGCUAUGAUGGUCACAAGGUUCUAGAAAUAUUCGGGAAAACGGAGGAGGACUUUAGAAAACUGCUGGAAUUGCAGCUCCAAUUUGGGCUGGACAUGUGGAAGACCCCAAAGCACGUGAACGACAGCGCGCACGCGAUGGUUGCCCCGGAACACCUGACCAAUGUGCUAGAGCAACUGAACAGCCUCAACUUGGGCGUUUCCACGCUCAUCGAUGACGUGCAACAAUUGAUUCACUCUUCCACAAAAGACAACAAAAAACAAGCUCGAGCAAUCUUCCCGGGUGGAAGUGGUCACGAUCACGGCCGAUACUACAGACACCAGGCGAUCCUGGACUUCAUGACGCUUGUUGCCAAUGACGCAAAUAAGUCGCCCAAUGUCGCUGCUACCUUGGAAACCAUCGGGACUUCCGGUCAAGGGAGGAGUCUCAAACUUAUUAAGAUCUUUUCCACAGUUAACACAGGGACGCCGAAGCGGAAAAUCUUCAUCGACGGCGGCAUUCACGCCCGUGAAUGGAUUUCGCCAGCUUCUGUGAAGUACCUCAUCGAACAGUUUGCAUAUAACCCUGGAAACAUUGCUGAUAUCUACACACUUCUCGCAAGAUACGAAAUAUAUCUCAUUCCGGUCAUGAAUCCCGAUGGCUACGAAUUCUCACACACAAACACUCGCAUGUGGAGGAAGAACAGACGGACGAACACAGGAUCUACAUGUAUCGGCGUUGACCUGAACAGAAACUUCCCCUACCAAUGGAACCCGGCAAAUGGCGGCAGCACCAACCCGUGCCAAGACACGUACAGCGGUACCGGUCCCGCCUCGGAAGUGGAGACCCAGGUCCUGGUGAACUACCUGACGGGUGCCGGGUUCGAUGCCUACAUCACCAUCCACUCGUACGGCCAGUACUGGCUCUACCCGUGGGGAUUUACGACCGCCCUACCCGCGGAUGUCGCAGAUUUGCACGCUGCCGGCCAAGCAGGCGUGGACGCUAUUCAGGACUAUGGCCGACUCCGAUACACUCUAGGCUCCUCAACUAACGUGCUCUACGCGGCUGCAGGUGGCUCCGACGAUUUCGCUAAGGGAAUGGCCGGCGUGAAAUACUCGUACACCCUGGAGCUACGCGACAAUGGCCGCUAUGGGUUCCUUCUUCCCGAAUCAGAGAUCAUUCCGGCCUGCGAGGAACUGAGAGCCGGAUUUCUGGCUUUCGCUAACGCCAUGUACAACCAGCAACAAGUGAUCGUUGGAAAAUAAGUGACGUCAUCAAUAUCGAUACACCUCGACUUUGAUGUAUUUACUUACGUAUACUUCAAAUAGGCCUAGUAUAAAAUAAAAACCAAUGCACUUUUA